UGUAAGUGCCAUGAGAGCAGCUAUUGUGUUCUCUGCUUCUCUCCAGGGGCUGGCACAAUACCUGUUGAGUAAAAAAUUAUUGGCAGGACAUUCAGCGUCAGGAGGAGUGCAGGAAGAGGUGGGCUAGAUUGCUCAGUGGUUAGAGACCUCAGUGAUUUGAGGGAGAGGGCAUAUUAUAUUCCUAAAAACUCACUUUUAUUGUGAUAUAUCUGAACAACUGAUGCUUAGAGCGUAUUUGGGGGUGUCCUUGGUGGGAAUAAUAUGUGUCCAUACAUAUAGUUGUCACACUGGGCCACCCCAGGACUUGGCAUGAGUGUGUUUCUUUUGGAAGCUCCAGGCUCCUUCCUCCUUCCAGAACUUUUUGUAUUUUGAUCACCAGGCAACUCUCUUAACAAUAUUCUUCCUAUGAGUUUCCUCCUUCCCAGUCAGCGGAGGGAAGUGCAGGGGGAGUAGGGAAGGGUGUGGUUAGUGGAGGGAGCUCCAGCUUGGCAGCUUCAAUAAGGCUUAUAAAAUACCAGAUAGCUGCACCAGGAAAAGACAGAAAGGUGAGUACAUGGGUGUUAUGUACUGAAUCAUAUCUCCCCCCCACCAAUUCAUAUGUCGAAACCCUAACCCUCAGUGCAAUUGUAUGUGAAGAUGGGGCUUUUAAGUAUGUCAUUGAGGUUAAAAGAAGUUACAAGGAUGGUGCCCUACCUAAUCCAAUAGGGCUGUUGCCAUUACAAGAAGAGGAAGAGAUAGAUACCAGAGCGCUCUCUUCAGCAUGUGAGGACACAGUGAGCGGGUGGCCAUCUACAAGUCAGGAAGAGGGAACGCACCAGAAACCCAGUCACCUAGCACCUUCAUCUUGAAGUUCCCAGACUCCAGAACUGUGCAGGCCCCCUUGUGAGCAGCAGACCGGCCUGGUGGCUGGCAGCAGGACACCCGCGUCUGCAUGCUGAGGAAGAUGGGUGAGGCGGUGGCCAGAGUUGCGAGGAAGGUCAACGAGACGGUGGAGAGUGACUCUGACACCCUGGAUCUGGCCGAGUGCAAGCUGGUUUCUUUCCCCAUCGGCAUCUACAAGGUCUUGCGGAAUGUCACCGACCAGAUCCACCUCAUCACGCUGGCCAACAACGAGCUCAAGUCCCUCACCAGCAAGUUCAUGACCACGUUCUGUCAGCUUCAAGAGCUCCGCCUGGAAGGGAACUUCCUGCACCGCCUCCCCAAUGAGGUCAGUGCCCUGCAGCACCUCAAGGCCAUCGACCUGUCUCGGAACCAGUUCCACGAUUUCCCUGAGCAGCUCACCACCCUGCCCGCGCUGGAGACCAUCAAUCUGGAGGAGAACGAGAUUGUGGACGUGCCCGUGGAGAAGCUAGCUGCCAUGCCCGCCUUGCGCAGCGUCAACCUCCGCUUCAACCCGCUGAACGCCGAGGUGCGCGUCAUCGCCCCGCCACUCAUCAAGUUUGACAUGCUCAUGUCUCCGGAGGGCACGCUGGCCCCCCCGCCGUAGGCCUCCCUCCUCGUGCCCACCCAGAAGGGACAGAAGCCGCUUGGCCUGGCACCCUGAGGGGAGGGAGCCCCAAGGGCCCGUGGGAGGCCAAGCUUGGAGGGCUGGGGAUGGGUGGGCCCAACAGCGUGUGGGAGGGGGUGCCUCGGUCCAGGAUAGGUAGCUUAGAGCGGUAGAGGGUCCUGGAAUGCCCAGAGGAGGAGGCGAGGUGGGGGCUAGAGCCAGGACUCUCGGCAUUCGUAGCCUCUGUGUGAACUUGUGCAGGCCCCCCACCCUCUCUGAGACUUACAAUUUCAGGGAAAGGGCUAGCGGCCGUGGGUCUCUGCCUCCUUGGGCUCCUUGGAGGCCUUUUAGGGGACACGCGCCUCCCAGUCUUCGAAUCCUCGGUGUCUUCUGAGCUCGCAGCUGAGCUUCGCCGAGCAUUUCCUGGGCCCCUGUGGGUGGAGGCCUUGCUUCUAGUGCUGAGAGCCAGUCGCUGCCCUGAGAUGAACAGAAGACCACCUGUAUCUAUUUAUUGCUUCCUGAGAACCAGCCCUUCUCUGUGCCCCAUCCUGAGCCCUGUGGACCCCUAGAUCAGCAGGAGCCUGAGCCGGAAGUUGUGGGAAAGCUGCAGAGAGAGUGCGGACGCUGCACCAGGGCUGACAAUGUUUACACAGGAGCCCAGGGCCAUCAGGCGGGGGAACUGGGGAGUAGAUCAAGUUGGCUCCAUCCUUCCUCAUCCUUACUCCAGAAGUUGGCUCCAUCCUUCCUCCAACCUUACUCCAGAAGUUGCUGGAGUGACCAGCUGUGCCUGGCACCACCCCUUGAGCUACAGGAGAGUGUCCCAGAGAGAAAGAAAGCCAUUGGCUGCCUUGUCAUCGGUUCACCUGGAGGCAGGCGGCACUAUGGACCAUUGGAUUGCAGCCGGCCAGCCCCUGGUCACCACUCAAAGCCCUGAUAACCUCGUCAUUUCCAGGCUCUGAGCCUGGAGCCUGGCCAGGCAAUAGGGUGACCUGCCAUCCACGUCUGCUCGGGGCUUUCUGUGCUCACCUGAGGACAGGCCACAGGGACAACCGGUGGCUCCGCCAGGUGAGGCCUGGGCUCUGGCUUCCUGUGACAGUACCCGUGGUGUGGAGAACCCCUGACCUCUUGAUCCUGCAGGUGUCUACCUCCCACCUUCUCAUCUGUGGAGCAAGCAGAUCAGAGCCCAUCUGGUCUGGACUUUUGUCAGAGUCUGUGGGAGAUGCCUGAGUCCCCAGGACUUGGGGCAAACCAGGCCACCCAAAUCCUACUUCCGUGGGCCAGUGGCCACCCUGCCACGCUCAGAGCACUGACCCUUUCUAAGAAUGUUCCCAUCACUUUCCCCUCCCCCUUCCCCUUCCCCAGCCUGGAGGCUGCCCUGCCCAGGCCUCCUGUCUCUUGGUGAGAAGCUGGCAGGUUGGGAGAUUGUAGGCCUGUCACCACGCACUCAGGACUCAGUGUCCCAGGAGGUGCCCGUUCCCUCUGCUCAUCUCCCAGGCCUGGUGGGUCAGGCUCUAGGAAGAGGGUUUUCAGGGUGAGGAGGCCAGACAAGAUCUCCAGGGCUAGGAGUUCAGCCGGGGACAAGUGAGGGCUGCAGGUUGCAGUCCAGCCCAGCCUGGCCGGGCCCCACUCACCGUGUCUUUGUUGAAGAAGGGGUGUAUUUGCCUGAUACACAAAAAGGCAGUGUAUGGCCAGAACCUGCACCUCAGUGUGGUCCGCAUCAGCACCUCUGGGAGCUUGUUAGAGACACGGACCCGAGGCCCAAUCCCGGACCUCUGGGAUCAGGGCCCACACUCCAGCUCCCCAGGGAUCCCCACAAGCACUUUACUGUUUAAGAAGCCUGGCCUGGGGAGGGCCUGGGAGUGAACGGUGGUGGAAUUGCUCAGCUUUCCCCCAACACCAAGUCUCUGCCCAUCCCCCUCCCAAGGCAGCCCUUCACUCCCACCAGGCCACUCCCAUGAAAGGAGUGACCUGGGGUCCCCAGGUGAUGAGGGUUGGAUUUACCCAGCCCCCUGGCUUUCCUUUCUGGUUUCCCCGAAUGCCAAGCUGCUCCUUCCCCAGGUCCUCAUCUCAGGCCUUUCAGAGGGGCUGCUUCUGGAAGCUGCGUCCUACUCUGCUUGGAGAGCAUGCCCUGGCCUCUCUGGGAAAGCGGGGCAGCAGAGAAGCCCCGGAUCAGAGCACAGUGUGAGCCCUUAGCUUCAGUCUGCAAUAAAGAAUGCAUUGGAUUCA